AUGAGAGAAGCUAGAAAAAUUUUUAGAUUAGCUAAAACUUUAAAUGAAAUUUAAUAAAUCAUAGAAAUGAUAAAAGAAAAUUCAGAAAAUCUAAAUGAAAUAAUACGAGCAUUAAAAAUAUUUACAAGAAUAUGGUAUGCACUAUUUUGGUAUCAUAUAAUAAUAUACUAGGUUUUUUGAUAAUCUUAGUAUAUUGUCAUAAAUUUAGAUAAUAAAAUAAAAUCCAAAGGUAUUACAUAAAAUUGCAAUGACUUUUUGGACAAUUGGAUUAAUUACUAAUUUAUUUGAGACUUUUAGAGAGCUAAUUGGAAAUUUAUCUUCAAUGAAAAAAAUUUAAAAAUCAGCUGACUCUAAGGAAAUAAAAAAAAGAAUUAAUACAAAUUGCUUAAAUCUUAUAAAAAAUUUAUGUGACUUAAUUCCAGCAGGAACAGGCAGUGAUUUUUUCUAUAAGAUAUUUUCUUAUAAACCAAAUGAUGCAUUGGUUGGAUGUGGAGGAUUUUUAGCAGGAGCAAUAUCAACAUGUCAAACUUUUUGA